CCCGUAACCCCCCCCAUGGGUGCGCCUCCUCCCGGGGGGGCGGAGCGGGGCCGUUCGGGGCCGUUUGGGACCGGAGAAGAAGCAGCGGCGGCGGUGGCGGUGGUGGCGGUGGUGGCGGUGGCGGCGAUGGGGCGGCUGCUGCUGGCCCUCGCCGUGGGCUUGGUGGCCGUGGUGGCCGGUAGCCAGCCCCCCCUGCAGCGGCGCGUGGUGCGGGACGUGCUCGAGUACUUCCACGGCCGGGGCUCCGUGCACUUCCUCUUCAGGGAGCAAUCCCUCGAGGGGGUGCAAGAGCGGCAAGACCCCUCGGGGACGUUCGUCCAGCUCCGCGUCAACCUGGUGCAGACCAACUGCAGGAAGAGGGCGCAGAGGACGCACAACUGCAAGGCGGUGGAGAACCGGAGGCGGCCGGCCUGCCUGGCGUGCUACAAGUUUGACACCAGCGAUGUCCCCAAAGUGCUGGACAAGUACCACAACUGCGCGCCCAGCCACCACCUGGCCGUCAAGGAGAUAAAGCAGCGCGACGAGGCCGAGUGUAGGGCCGUGGAGGAGGCCGGCAAGGCGCUGGAUGCCCUCUACCUGCCCGGCAUGUUCGCCUUCUCCAGAGCUUAUCAAGCCUAGGGCGGCUGCCCCAAAACCACGGCCAGCCCUAAAGGAUGCUGAUCCGGGGCCAGCCCGGCCCCCCGAGCUUGCUGCCCCCCCCAGCGCUGUGCAAUGAAGGGAGGGGGCGUCCUGCAGGCGGCCCCCCCCCCAUCCCCCAAAACCCACGCCUAGGCAGUAUCCGCACGCACCAGUAAACCCCAGCUCUGCCUCU